GUGUGUGUAUCGGUAUGUGUGUGAGUCUCGCUCCGCGCCGGGUCUCUCGGAGCUCCAGUCUGCCCGACGCGGCGCUCGCUCUUCCUGCGCCCGUGGACGGACUCUCCCCGGCGCGUCCCGCUGCUGCUCUGCCCCGCGACACCAUUGGUCUCCAUGAGUGCAGCUGAGGCGAUCCAGACUCUCCCUGGAAGAUGGGAAACACCUCGGAAACGACACAUUUUGUUUCCAAAAUCCGAAAGGAGCACGACGUCUUCAUGGGUUCCCUAUACUCAAUCUUCUGCAUCCUGUCACUCUUGGGAAAUGGCGUCCUGCUCCUUGUGGCGUAUCGUAAGAGAUCGUCUCUGAAGCCGGCAGAAUUCUUCAUCAUAAAUUUGUCCUUCAGUGACCUUGGCAUGACGGUUACGCUUUUUCCCUUGGCGAUUCCAUCAGCCUUCGCUCACAAGUGGUUGUUUGGAGAGCUGACGUGCUUAUGCUAUGCUGUAUGCGGCGUCCUCUUCGGAUUAUCCAGCCUGACAAACCUCACGGCUCUGUCGUCCGUCUGCUGCCUCAAAGUCUGCUUCCCAAACUACGGUAACAAAUUCUCCUACUCUCAUGCCUGUCUGAUGAUAGUAGGGGUUUGGUGUUAUGCCAUGGUGUUUGCUGUGGGUCCCUUGGCAAACUGGGGCCACUAUGGCCCUGAACCCUAUGGGACAGCAUGCUGCAUAGACUGGUACGCACCAGGCCAGGAUGCUCUGUCCAUGUCCUACAUUAUCUGUCUGUUUCUCCUCUGCUAUGCCCUGCCACUUGGAAUCAUCCUCCUCUCCUACAUCCUGAUCCUGAUCACAGUCCGAGGGUCCCGGCAGGCAGUACAGCAACAUGUGUCACCACAGACCAAGACUACAAAUGCACACAUCCUCAUUGUGAAGCUCUCGGUGGCAGUGUGCAUCGGUUUUCUGACUGCCUGGAGCCCUUAUGCGGUUGUGGCAAUGUGGGCUGCGUUUGGAGAACCUGAAAAUGUCCCACCAAUGGCUUUUGCGUUAGCGGCUAUAUUUGCCAAAUCCUCCACCAUCUACAACCCUGUGGUCUACCUGGUAUUCAAGCCCAACUUUCGCAAGUCUUUGAGCAGGGACACAGCUCAGAUACGCAGACGGAUAUGUUCCAGCCCCUGCAAGGGAAGCCCUGUGCCUGGAGACAAGGAUCUUCAACGGCAAACCUCUUUACGCUGCAACAAGGAUGCUAGUAACUCAACGCGUCUCUCCAACGGCCUAGCAGACAGCCAUGGGGCUUGUCUCCAUUGCACCGAGACAGACCCUCAUUGUCAACAGACCCCGACUCAAAGGACUGCCUGUGUGCUGGUCGGGACGUCCUACAGCGAGUUGACUGUGAGUCAGCUGCCAGAGAAGAUGCAAGCUGACUUGUUGUGAAGGCCCUGCAGGCUUUCCCAGGACAAAUGUGGGUAAACGAUGGAUGGGCAGUCUUAAAAUGCAACUUCUGGCCACUAGAGAUAAGCUUGACGUGUCGGAAACAGUCUGUGUCUGAAAACACUUCUGAUACAGAUGUCAUGCAUUUGGAAUGACAAAAUAGUUAAAGCCCCGCCUUUAAAAAGGUAACCGACCAAUCUUUUUGUAGCAGUUGUUGUUGUCUGCCAUUUAACCAGACUGGCUUGUGCUCUGAAAUAUGUUUAAAGAAGUCUGCCGUCACUGUGAAGAGAAAAAAGUCAACAUUAAAAAGAGAAUUAAACGUUUUGAUAAACUGAGCGCUCUGAAAACACCUGGAUUUGUUUUUUAUUUUUGUUUUAUUUUAUUCGGGUUCCUAUGGAACUUUCUGUUAGGCUUCUCUGAGCCAAGGGGGUCAUUGUUGGGUUGAUUGUUUAGCGUGGUCGAAAAACAUUUGUAUUCAUUGACAUUGGUGUCACAAGUUUUGGUCACACGUUACUGAAAGUCCACGUUAACUGAAAGUAGCUAAGACUUUGAUUUUAGUAUGUUGAUGUACUUCCUUCUGAAUAUUGAGUAAGAAGGCGGGGCUUUCUUUCUGCGCCUCAUUCGUUAAAAGCUGACUAAUGGUAAGGGGGCGUGAUUAAGAAUAUUCUGGCUGAAGCCGUCAAACUGACAUCAACAGAGAAGGAAACACUCAAAACCCAGAAGCAAAUGUAAGACUUUUAUUGAACAUUACCAAAACGUUUUUGUGGAUUAAGUUGCACGGAUGAAUUGUUCAUCUUAAAACUAACAAUGUGGGCUAGCAAAAUAAACAUACAUUUUGAUUUCACACUGAUUUUAAUGUGAGAGUGUGUUGUCAAAUGAACUCUUCCUCAUUUUACAAUAAGUUGCCAAAGAGUUGCACCUUAAAGGAGUCAUUUGCCCAAUAAUCAUGUAUUACUCUCCCUCAGGACAUCCAAGAUCUAGGUUAAUUUCCUUCUUCAGUAGAAAACUAAAGAGGAUUUUAA